AUGAGUAGAUCAGGAUCCUCUUAUAAGCACCACACAUCUACAAGUUCAGUUAACCAGUUGAAUUAUCCUCAAACAGACAAACCUUCACCUUUUAAAAAGAUUUCCAAUUCACUUCGUACCUCGCCAACAUUUUCAACACAUUCAGCACCAUUUCUGAAUCAAAUAACCGACCAGGGUGUGCCACUGAAAUCAUCAGGUGUCUGUGAAUCGAACCAUGCUUCAUUUUCCAUGGCAAAUGUAAAAGAAGUCUUAGAACGACUUAAAAAUGAAGUAGAAGUUGAAAGAACCAGGCGAACAAUGUUGGCAAGACAAAGAAGUCAAGAUAUUUAUAAGUUGACAACACGUUCUAAAGCAGAGAAUCGUAUCUUAUUGUCAGCUUUAAAACAUGCAGAAAAUAAGGCGAAAAUGUAUCGAGAUGAAUAUCAUAAGCUUAAAAGUAAAGGUAAGUGA